AUGGCCGAGGAUAGUGAUAGUAACAAGGAAGAAUAUUUAGAGGAUGAAGAAGAAUAUUCUCUUAAAAUAGCUGAUGGUGAUGAUGGUAGUGAUUAUGAUUCUUCAAAGGAGAAAAGAAAAAGGAAAAAAGGUUCCACUAGGAAAAAGAAAACACCAAAGAAAAAAACAAAGGAAAAAGUUGUUAAAGUGACUGUUAAACUUGCAGAACCAUCAUCAAGUAAAGAUGAACCUGAAGAUGAGCAAGAAAUGUCGGAUGAGGAAGAUAUUGAAGAGGAAAAAACACAACGUAAGCGAAGAAGAUCAAGGAAAAUAGUUGAAAUAGAUCCUAAUAUUCCAGCUGAAGAUCAACUUCCUGUAAAAUUCGGAACGUCACAAGUUGUUGCUCUUGGUAAAAUUGAAUUUGAAAAUGAAAAUUAUCACAAUGAUAGAUACAUAUUCCCAAUUGGAUAUAAGGCAGAGAAAAACUACAUGUCUUACAAAAAUCCAGGGGAUAAGACUGUUUAUAUUUGUGAAAUUUUAGAUGGAGGUGAAGAAGGACCAACUUUUAAAAUUACACCAGCUGAUGACGACAAUUCAUUUACAUCAUCAACACCUAGUGGGGUAUGGUCACUCGUAAUUAAGAAAGUAAAUGAGUCAAGAAAGAAAAAUUCAAAGACAUGUACAGUAUCUGGUCCUGAAUAUUAUGGCCUUUCAAAUGCUAGGAUUAGACAAUUAAUUGAAAUGUUGCCAAAUGCUGAUAAAUGUGUAAAUUACAAAAAGAAGUUUUCAAAUAAUGACGAGGUUGAAACUACAGAAGCAACUGAAACAGUUACACCAAAAAGAGGAAGAAAAAAGAAGGAAGUAAAAGAGACAGAGACACCUAAGAGAAAAAGAUCUGUCAAAAAGGAAAUUGUAGACGAUGCUCUUGAAGAGGAACUAGAGGAAGAACCUAUAAAGAAAAAGAAAAAGGUUAAAAAAGAAGAAAUUGAGGAAGAAAUAAUAGAUGAAGAAAUGGAAGAAAAGGAACCAACCGUUGAUUUCUGUGAUCCAAUUUACUUUGAGAAUGAUGAUCGUCUCUCUGAACCGGUCUAUAAGAUGUAUAGAGAACCAUUACCUACACUGCGAGAAUAUCAAUUUACUAACUAUACUGAAAAUAUUUCAGCCUAUGGUGGUCAUAAUGAAAAAAUUUAUUUGAAAUUUAACAUGUAUACCAUAGAAGAAGUUCAAGAAAUUUACAAGGAAAAACAAAUCAAACUUCCACAAAAGGUAGAAUUGGAACUCGCUCAACCAAUAGAUAAUGAACGCAAAGAAAGAGCUAAAAAGGCAAAGGAAGAAAAGAAAAUUGUUGAAGAAUAUGAAAAGGAAGAAAAGAGAACGAGUUUGGAAAUUUUAAGAUCAAUGUGGGAAUUACCAUAUGUUUUUGUUGGUUUUCAACUUUUAAGGCCAAUACUUAAAAUUACAGAGUUCGAUUUUGAUGAGUUUGAAGAUUCUCUAAUUAAUCCUCGAGAGUGUAAUGGCUUACUGGCAGAUAUAUUUAUAAGGUUAGUUAAAGGACCUGCCAUAGAUAGAAAAACUCUCGUAAGUUUGGAUCCAAAAUGUGAUAAGUGGAAGACUGUUCUGAAAAAUAAGUUAGAUUCACUCCCUCCAAUUUAUUGGUUAUGGAAAGUCAAUCCUCUCAUUUUAUACGAGUACUAUGAUUUAACACCAGCAUGGAGACUGAUAAUAAUCAAAGCUCUCAUGGAAUGGAAAUUUGAAACAAAUCAAAGAGUUUAUGACUAUUCUAGAAGCAAAUAUGGCAUCACAAUGCUUGUUGAUCCUAUUGGAUCGGACCAGGAUGGUAUUAAAUAUUGGUACUACGACAGUAUUGGUAAGCUUUUUGCAGAAUUACCUGCAUCACUGUAUUCAGAAACAAAACCUCGUUGGGAAAUUAAAUGUUCCACUAAAAAAGAGUUUGAAGAUUUUAUUGAGGAGCUCAAAAAGAUUAGUGAGGAACUCGAAGAGAAUAGUGAAGAAGCCAAAUCUGUACCUCUUUUAAUAUCCUCUCUGGAAGCAAUAGUUAACGAGUUGCCUGAACCUGAACCUGAGCAAGAACCAUUAAGUGUUGAAGAAAAGAGAAAAUCCAGAGAAGAACAUCUCACUAUAGUUGCAAAAGAGAGAGAAGAAGAAAUAGAGAAGCAAAAUGAGAGUGAAGUUAAAGAAUUCAAAGAGCCUGAACCUGCUGAAACUGAACAAGCAGAACCAGCCGCAUCAAGUGAAAAUAAUCAAACUGUCUCAAGAAGUGGAAGAUCUAUUAGGAAAGAUUUUACUUCCCUUGUGGAUGAAGACGAAUUAGAUGAGUCUAAAAGAAGUCUUAGACCAAGAAAGAGGAAAUCUUACAAGGAAGCAGAAGAUGAAGAUAAGAAGGCUGAUAAGGAUGCUGAAUUUGUUCUAGAUGAAGAUGAAGAUGAUGAUGAAGACUUUUAUUCUGAAGAGGAAGAAGAAGAAGAGGAGGAAGAAGAAUAUGAAGAAAAGAAAUCGAAAGCAUCAAAGAAAGGAAAUUCCAAAAAAGUCGAUUUUACUCAAUUCAAGGCUGAUCCCACAAAAAGAAAUGUUCAACAAAAUUCGUUCACUAAUGUUAGUGGUGUGAAUUUUAAUCCUUUGAAUAGAUCUGGUAAUGUUAUGCAGCAAAUGCAACAAAAUAGGAAUAUUAUGCAACAAAGAGUUAAUAAGCCUCAAACAGUCAUUAUGACAGGUUCAACAAUUCAAAAUAAUUUGAGAGAUGCCCAAAGCUCAAAUAUGCUUAGAAAUCAAAUGAUCCAACAACAGCAACAAAUGUCUAGAAAUGCUCUUCAACAGCAAUUAGCACAAAACCCUGCCUUACGUAACCAAGUUUUGCUUGCUCUCCAGAAUAACCCUUCCCAGCAACAACAAAUCCUUCAAGCUCUCCAAAUGAGAGCUGUUCAGCAACAACAAGCUCAACAACAAGCAAAUAUGCAACAACAAAAUAUUGCUGGAGUUCAAAAUAUGUCGAAUAUUUCAAACGUUGGAAACGUUCAAAAUCUUUCAUCUUUAACACCAGGACAAUUGAACGUGUUGGCACAAAUGAACGAGUAUCGUAAACAACAAUUACAAAGUCAACAAUUACAGAAUCCACAACAACAACUACCUCAAAAUCCACAAGGAAUGACAAAUCUUAAUAAGAUAAUAUUGAAUAAGCCACCAGAAAACACUGUAAAUAAUGCACCAACAGUAAUUAAUCCAACCAUUAACCAACCUACCAUUCUUAAUCCUCCUCAAAUGCAAAUUCAAUCCCAAAAUCAAAGCUCAUUACUUCUUCAACUUCUCCAACAAAAUACUGCUGCUCAACCACAGCAACCACAACAACCACAACCACAACCACAACCACAACAAUUCCAAACAUUUAAUCCUCUCAUGCAACAAACUGUUGCCAUGCAAAAUCCUCAACAACCAAUCAUUAAUCAAAUGGGAUCUUCUUCUCAACAACAAGAUCAAUCUGAGAUGGAUGGAUUAUUCUUAGGGGAAGAUUCAUUCGUUUAAGGAAAAAUAAAUCUUGAAUGGAGAAAACUUUUUU